UUGAAGUGGGGAGGAGGAAGGUGUAUGUAUAUGUCAAAGCUUGGUUUGUUAGAUUCUAUUUAAAGAUCACCUGGUUUUGCUACACAGGUUUUUUUGUGUUGACUGUGUUAAGGGAUCUAAACUAGAGCUCAUCAUCUUGUAACAUUCACUUUUUUGGGCUUUCUGUGACGUUGUUUGUACGAAUGACUCAGAUGUCUAAGUCAGAUAAACUUUAAGGCUUCAAUCAGUUCGCUAGGCUACGAAACUCAGGGAUUUGUGUUCAUCUGUUGAGGAUAACUUCAGAGUGAAUCUCUACGAUUUAACGUAGUGGUGUUCUAACAAAACUCGUUUCAGUUCAAGAAAUGUGCCGAUAGAUUUAUAUACAUGUAUACAUAUUGAAAUUCUAAAAUGAGUCAUCGACGGGGAUAACUUAAUGGAUGCUAUGUAUAUGAAUUGUACUAUUUAAGAUACGUUGUUUUUAACCAGAGUCUUCUUCUGUUUUCAAAAUUUUAAAGUUGUAUAAAAUAACAUAUAAGCCAAGAACGCAAGUCUUAGUCGUUCUAAUAAGUUAUAACAAGAGUCACGUGACAGAGAUGACUAAAUCUUGAUCAGUGUUCAUUCAAUUAAUUGUUGUGCCACUUUGUCAAGUUAUACUUUGACCAUGACUUCUGAAUGCACUCCACUGACCGCUAUGAUAUUGAUUCAGGAUGAAGAUACAAGACAAUAUUCUGAGAUCGAGAACACUAUAUCAAGUGAUACACACACAACGUAUGAUUUAAACUCUACUGUAUCGGCUCAGGAAGAUACCAGUCAGCAAUCACAGGAAGAUAAUUGGGAGGUCAGAACUGGAGGUGACUUUAUUUCCGGCAGUAUUUCAAAUGUUGAAGUGACAGCCGAACAAAAUCAAACGUCAUCAGCGUCACUGACCACUUCGGGUAACACCGACCCACUAGGGGUGGAUACUGAACUGUCCCAGGACAAUCCUAAUUACGUAGAGAUUGAAACAACCAUCACCACCACCUCCAACCCUGAUCCACACAGCAGCCACCAAAACAACAGGGAAGUCGCAGAAGACAGAAACAUGAGUGAAGAGAAUUUGAGGCUGGAAGAAAAACUGCGCCAGUUUCAGAAUGAUGUCAAAAAAGAUGAGAAUGACGAUACGAAAGGUACCUACAACACAAUGCAGCUUUCAGAGUCAGAGAAGCAGAGGAGACGUAAUCUAAUAUUUGAUGAGGAGAGGUUCGAAGAGACGUUUCUCAAGUGUCUCAUCUGUAGGGAGAUCUACAAUGAGUACGACAAGCUUCCCAAGAUGCUUCACUGUCACCACACAUUCUGCAUGGACUGUUUGUAUCAGAUGUACAGAGUGGAAGGCGAAUUCAGGCAGUCCCUGACUGGCGUCUUCAGAGCAAUGCCCAUGACAGUCAAAAUUCAUUGCCCGACAUGCCGUGAGGGCAUUCUUAUUUCAGAGCCAGAGCUCAAGCGUCUGCCGAACGAUCACACUAUCAUGGAGCUCUUAUGUUUCGUCAGCCAGACCAAUAAAAACGAGGUCCAGUACUGCACAAAACACCAAAUGCAACCUUUGAACUUCUUCUGCGAGCCGUGCAUCAUGCCGGUGUGCUGCGACUGUACAGUCAUCGACCACAAAGAGUCUAAAGGUCACGUGGUUGUCAACGUGGAUGAAGCGAUGAACAAGUACGCCCCCAUUGUCGAUGAGACUCUGGAUGACAUCCGAUCAGAGAGAGCCAUCCUUGCUGAAAAGCGCGAGGCUCUGGAGGGUGCCCAGGACGACAUUGACCAGAUCCAGAGAGACCUGACCAGCCAGAUUCGAAAAGUCUUUGACGGCAUUCGGGAGGUGCUGGACGAAAGAGAACGUGAGCUCUACGAUGUGGCAGACACUGAGAUUGACAGGAAGCGGGAGAUUCUGGAUGGGCACAUGAGAAUUUUGCUUGAGAGAGAUGCUGAGCUGAAUUCAGGAUUCACAGAGCUCCAGCACGCUAAAGAAGAUAAAGACAUCAGUUUAAUCUUUACAGGGCAGAAGUCUGCUAGAGAUGUUUUGUCUAGACAAGUUGACAUUCCUCUCAAUUCUACCAAAGGAUUUUCUGUCACCUUUCAAUUCAGUGGUCGUACAGAAAAUGUAAUUAAACAGCAAAUAGUCAACUUAGGAGACAUUAUCUUUCACUCCUGAAAGUCCAAACAAAAACUAUGACUCUAUUGGGCUCCACGCCAAGGUGAUAUCAGAAUGUUGCAUGUACUAUUUAACCUAAUUUAUUCUGUUCAUGUUUAUAAUACUUUAUAUUUGCAAUGUUUUGUGUUUUAUAUGAACUAAAAGUCAUACAGUAAUGGAUUUAAAAGAUUGAACUGCAUUUAGCCUGCUAUACAAUGUAAGAAGGGAAGAACCAAUCUAUGGUUGUUGAAACAAAUGAUUCAAUGUUCUAAAUUUGUCUCUUAAUUAUGCUAAAUCUUUGCCAAACUUGCUAAAUAUUUUGAGUGUUUGCUAAAUGUUUUGACUUAAUAUUCAAUGUUUGUGAAAGCUUUCAAUGAUGUUACAAAUAUAGAUUAUUUUUGUGUUCAUUAACUUCAUUAAUGUUUAUGUUGUCUUUGUUGAAAAAUUGAGAAUCGUCUAUAAAUAUUUGUAAAAAAAAUUUUUUUAGCAUUGAUCACAUUACAGUGCAGGCCAAUCAGAUUUAGUGUCUACCAAUAGACGGUAUCUUACAUAUCUAUCAGGAAAAAGAUUGUGUUCCAUGUCUACUAAUUUUCUGUAUGUUUCAAGUUACCAAAAGGCCGUUUUGUGUCUACCAGUACCAAUAGACUGUAUGUUUUAUGUCUACCAGUACCAAUAGACUGUAUGUUUUGUGUCUACCAGUAGGCUACCAAUAGACUGUAUGUUUCAUGUCUACCAGUACCAAUAGACUGUAUGUUUUAUGUCUACCAGUACCAAUAGACUGUAUGUUUUAUGUCUACCAGUACCAAUAGACUGUAUGUUUCAUGUCUACCAGUACCAAUAGACUGUAUGUUUCAUGUCUACCAGUACCAAUAGACUAUGUUUCAUGUCUACCAGUACCAAUAGACUGUAUGUUUCAUGUCUACCAGUACCAAUAGACUGUAUGUUUCAUGUCUACCAGUACCAAUAGACUGUAUGUUUCAUGUCUACCAGUACCAAUAGACUAUGUUUCAUGUCUACCAGUACCAAUAGACUGUAUGUUUUAUGUCUACCAGUACCAAUAGACUGUAUGUUUUAUGUCUACCAGUACCAAUAGACUGUAUGUUUUAUGUCUACCAGUACCAAUAGACUGUAUGUUUCAUGUCUACCAGUACCAAUAGACUGUGUUUCAUGUCUACCAGUACCAAUAGACUGUAUGUUUCAUGUCUACCAGUACCAAUAGACUGUAUGUUUCAUGUCUACCAGUACCAAUAGACUGUAUGUUUCAUGUCUACCAGUACCAAUAGACUGUAUGUUUCAUGUCUACCAGUACCAAUAGACUGUAUGUUUCAUGUCUACCAGUACCAAUAGACUGUGUUUCAUGUCUACCAGUACCAAUAGACUGUAUGUUUUAUGUCUACCAGUGCCAAUAGACUGUAUGUUUCAUGUCUACCAGUACCAAUAGACUGUAUGUUUCAUGUCUACCAGUACCAAUAGACUGUGUUUUAUGUCUACCAGUACCAAUAGACUGUAUGUUUCAUGUCUACCAGUACCAAUAGACUGUAUGUUUUAUGUCUACCAGUACCAAUAGACUGUAUGUUUUAUGUCUACCAGUACCAAUAGACUGUAUGUUUUAUGUCUACCAGUACCAAUAGACUGUAUGUUUCAUGUCUACCAGUACCAAUAGACUGUGUUUCAUGUCUACCAGUACCAAUAGACUGUAUGUUUUAUGUCUACCAGUGCCAAUAGACUGUAUGUUUUGUGUCUACCAGUACCAAUAGACUGUAUGUUUCAUGUCUACCAGUACCAAUAGACUGUGUUUCAUGUCUACCAGUACCAAUAGACUGUAUGUUUCAUGUCUACCAGUACCAAUAGACUGUAUGUUUUAUGUCUACCAGUACCAAUAGACUGUAUGUUUCAUGUCUACCAGUACCAAUAGACUGUAUGUUUUAUGUCUACCAGUACCAAUAGACUGUAUGUUUUAUGUCUACCAGUACCAAUAGACUGUAUGUUUCAUGUUAUCGAAAGUCUGCCAAUAGUUUUCUAGGCUUUUUAUCUGAACAUCUUAUUGGAGAUCAAUAUUUGAGUUUUGUGACUAGUGUCUAGACAAUAGGUUUAUUAUUUCUGUUAUUUCUGUUAAGUCAAUCUCUGUGAGAAAGUACUGCUAAAAAUAAUCAUUUCUUUUUGUUUCGUUAACUGUAAUUCCUUCUUUUGCGUUGCCAAUCCUGAACAAAUCAUCGAUUCGGCAUUUUGAUUUCAAUGUACAACCAGAGGCGUAGCUUGGACAAGUACUAAGGGCAAAAUAAAAGAAUUCCCCCCAACCCCCUUUUUUUUUUGUUUUAUUUCAACGUUUUUUAUCUCAUCAAAUUAUUGGCUGAAUAACGCUUCAAACAAAACCAAAAAAAAAAAAAAAAGAAAAACAACCUUUGAUUGAAAUGGGGGGGGGGGGAAGAGAUCCGCACCGCUACGCCCCUGCAUUUGUCUAGAAAAGCAAUAGCUCUUCAAUGAUGACUAAAAUUGUUAAUAUGUAUAACAAGACAUUUUCUUCCAAGUGAAACCAAUUCUGCUGACUUUUUGUUUUUGUCAUUUUUGAAAUUUAUACAGUUUUGUAACAAUAAAAAUAUUGUUUGAAAUUUUAA